GAGUAGCUCUGUGCCAGGGACACGGACACAAGCAAUCCCUAGAAUUUUGAAUGGGGCAGUGCCAAUUUGAACGUGUCCAAGCUACUUUUUUAGAAAUGCAGCUCAUUUUCUUAGACAGAGGGACCAGGCUCCAACCUCUCCUGCCAAACUGUCCACUUCGCCACCGAAAAGCAACAAAGGUAGCGCUUGGCAAGAAUGGAUUCCCUCAGCACAGCAAACACUGAAUUUUGCCUUGAUGUGUUCAAAGAGCUGAACAGUAACAAUGCAGGAGACAACAUCUUCUUUUCCCCGCUGAGUCUGCUUUAUGCUCUAAGUAUGAUCCUCCUUGGAGCCAGAGGAAACAGCGCGAGGCAGAUGGAAAAGGUGCUUCAUUUUAAUCAUAUUGAAGAAUCUUUAGGACCAGAAUUCAAGGACUCAGCUAAGUGCAGCCAAACUGGAAAGAUUCAUUCAGAGUUUGGAGUUCUGUUCUCUCAGAUCAACCGGCCAGACUCUAACUACACCCUCAGCAUCGCCAGCAGACUCUACGGGACCAAGGCGAUGGCGUUCCACCAGCAAUACUUACACUGUUCUGAGAAACUGUAUCAAGCCAGGCUGCAAACGGUUGACUUUGAACGGUCUGCAGAGGAAACGAGGAAGGCUAUUAAUGCUUGGGUUGAAAAUAAAACUAACGGAAAAGUCACUAACCUCUUUGGAAAGGGCACGAUUGACCCUUCUUGUGUCAUGGUCCUGGUGAAUGCCAUAUAUUUCAAGGGACAAUGGCGAAACAAAUUCCAGGAAAGAGAGACGAUGAAAACUCCCUUUCAGCUAAGUCAGGGUAAAAGCGUAACUGUGGAAAUGAUGUCUCAAACUGGAAUGUUCAAAUUGGCCUUCAUCAAAAAGCCACAGAUGCAAGUCCUUGAGCUGCCCUAUGUUAACAACACGCUAAGCAUGAUUAUUCUGCUUCCAGUGGGCACGGCUGAUCUACAGCAGGUAGAAGAGCAGCUGAACGCGAAUACGUUCUCCAAGUGGACCAGUCCCUCUAACUUGGUGGAGCAGGAGGUUGAAGUGCACCUCCCCCGAUUCAAGCUGGACGUCAAGUAUGAGCUCAACUCGCUGUUGAAAUCUCUUGGGAUGACCGACAUCUUCAGCCAGGUCAAAGCUGAUCUUUCUGGAAUAUCACCAGCCGAGGGCCUCUUUGUAUCAAAAAUCAUCCACAAGUCGUACGUGGAUGUCAACGAGGAGGGCACGGAGGCUGCUGCGGCCACGGGGGUCGUCCUGGUCGUGAAAAGACUCCCCAUCCGAGCUCAGUUCAUGGCUAACCACCCCUUCCUGUUCUUCAUAAGGCACAUCCAGACCAACAUGAUUCUCUUCUGUGGCAAGCUGGCGUCUCCCUGAGCAGCGGGGCUGAGCCAGGCUCAGAGUCACAGAAGAGGCGCAGGGACAAACCCCUUCCUGAAAGCAGUUCAUACGUCAUACACCCCCGUGCCUCCGUUUGCUCCUCUGCAAAAUGGGGCUAAGCUCUCUCCCAGCUUACUCCAUGAGUUGGUGAAGCCCUAAAUUGAUGCUAAUCCCAGAAGAAGGGAUGUUUCCAAAAAAGCCUCCUUUGCUCUCUUUUCUUUGGGGCCUCAUUUAAGUGUUGUCUGGCUGAGCAAGUCAGUGAGAAAAGUCUUAAACAAUGAGCUUUUCUUGACUUGGAUAAAUCAGUGAGCUCUUGAAUCAGUUACCACUUUACCUUCUGAAAACCAAAUGAAGGGCUUCAAUUUUGGUUGGGUUUUAAAAUCUGUUAUUUUCCCUGCGUGUAUACAUCUAACACUGUGAAUUCUAAUAAAUACGUGGAAUGCCUUCAGUACUUUGAGGGUUUUCCAUACUCGGCAGCAAUUAACUACUUAACGAAAGGAGACUGUGGACAAGGGAACGUCUACUCAGUGAGCAUUUUAGUGGAAUCUCUGGCCAAAAUCUUUUGGGGCUUUAAGUUGAAUUAAU